AUGGCCGUCCAAGAUAUUGCUCUUUCCAUUGUGGGGCCAUUUGUAGAGAAGUGUGUUAACCCAAUUUUGCGCCAAUUCAAAUAUUUAAUUUUCUACAAGAGCAACGUUCAAACUCUGCGCAAUGAGAUCAACGGACUUGGGCUACAACAAGCUGAAGUUCAGAGAUUGAUAGAUGCAGCAGAAAAUAAUGCUGAAAAAAUUAAACCAAUUGUUGCUGAUUGGAUGAAAAAUGUAGAUGAUCUAAAGAAAGAGGCAUAUACUAUUUCUCAGGGUAUGGAGAGUGUUGAGGUGAAUUGCUUUAAUAUCGUUAGGCUUCCAAAUUUGAAGUCACGUUAUUUACUAGGCCGACGUGCUGCAAAAAGAACAGAUGUUGUUCAGAAACUUAUAGGAGAGGGGAAGUUUGAUCAAGUUGGGUACAUAGCUCCAUUAGGGAAGAUGCCUUUUAGUGAACAGACCCAAUCCUCCAAGGAAGGCCUAGUUAGUCGGAUGUCAAAGAUGAAGGAAGUGAUAGAAGCUCUAAAGCAAGAUAAAACAAGCCUAGUCGCGAUUUGUGGUAUGCCUGGUGUGGGCAAGACUUUUUUGGCAGAGCAAAUCGCAGACCAAGUUAAGUUUGAAAAGUUGUUUGAUGAAGUUGCCAAAGCAAAUUUGUCUCAAAUUCCAAACACAAGAACUGUUCAAGACCAACUUGCCGAGCAGUUAGGAUUGAAAAUUUCUGAGGAAACUGAUCGCGUGAGAGCUGAAAGAAUGUAUACGAGAUUAAGCAAUGGUGAAAAGAGAAUUCUUGUUAUAUUGGAUGAUGUUCAGGAAGAAGUUGAUUUUAAGAGUCUAGGAAUACCUGUUAGAGGUGAAUGCAAGGGCUUGAAAGUUAUAUUGACAUCUCGCCUUUCUCAUGUCUGUAGUAGAAUGGGAGCUCAAAUUUUUGAGGUCGGUGCCUUGCCGAAGGAAGAAGCUCGGCAUCUUUUUAAAGAGGUUGUCGGAAUUUCUGAUGAUUCCACUUUGAGUGAUGUUUCAAACCAGGUUGCAGACGAAUGCAAAGGUUUACCUCUUGCAAUCAUUGUUGUUGCCAAGGCAUUCAAGAGUAACCACACAACACCAGAAUCCUGGAAUAUUGCCCUUCGACAGCUAAAGAAGUACACAAUGAGAGACAUAGAAGGAGUUCAAGAUUUGGUGUUUUCAAGCAUUAAGUGGAGCUAUGAUCAUUUGGAAAGUGUUGAAGCUAAGUCGUUACUUUUGCUUUGCAGUUUGUUUCCAGAAGAUUAUAGUAUUCCACUUGAAUGUUUGGUUAGGUAUGGGAAAGGGUUACAAUUGUUUCAGGAUAGAGAGACAUUGGGAGAUGCAAGAGACAGAGUACACAUGCUUAUUAAUGAGCUCAAAAAGUACUAUUUGUUGGUGAGUGAUGGCGAACAAAAAGACUCUGUGAAAUUGCACAAUGUCGUGCGAGAUGUUUGCUUGUCAAUUGCAUCAAAAGACGACCAUGUAUUUUUGGUAAGGAAUGCUAGAGUUGAAGAACGGCAUCCUUACACGGCCAUUUCUCUAACAGUGAAAGAUUACACAGUUCAACUACUUCCAUUUGGCAAGAAGAGUCCAUGGCUUAAGCUGUUGCGUCUGGUAUUCCAAUCAAACACUUUGUACCUAUCAAUAGAUUCUUUCGUGGGAAUGGAAGUUCUGAGGGUCAUGGAAAUUAACAAUGCAUACAUUGAAUUUACAGUAUUAUGGCCUGCCCAAAAUUUAGCGAGCAUUCGCACACUGUGCCUGGAUGGUUGCACAUUGCGCACUGGAACUUCAUCCAUGAUUGGGUAUAUGACGCAGUUGGAAAUUUUGAGCUUCUUUCAGUCCGCACUUGAAGACGAUCAAUUUCCAAGGAAAAUUGCUCAGAUGAGUAACUUAAAGUUGUUGGACUUGAGGGUUAGACGUAGCCUCCAACCUUUGCCUCGUGGUAUCCUGUCAAGCUUGAAGAAACUAGAAGAAUUGUAUUUGGCACCUGAUUAUCAUCUGCACCUGGGGAGAGAUAAAGAAGAAGAAAGAGAAUGCAUUAAAGAGAUCAUAUCACUCUCCAACCUUGAAUGCCUCCAAAUUCAUGUAUAUGACCUUAACCUCCUACUCCAAUUAUUGCAUGGAUUUCCCGCUCAGAGGUUGUCAAGAUUCCUCAUUGAAGGAGCUGCUUAUAAUAUGGGCUGGAGAGAUCUCAGUAGGGACUUUCAAUUUGGGAGGACUUUCGAACUUCAUUUGUCUCAGGAUGAACAGUUAAAACAAGCAUUGGAUCCUGCAGUUACCAGCAUUGUCAAGAGAGCUGAGAAUCUCACUUUGGACCUUUAUGAUGUGUCAAGCUUGAGGAAUCUUGUGAGUGACUUGGAUAAAGAUGGAUUUGCCAAUUUGAAAAGGCUUCAACUAGUGUCUGGAGUAUGCCAAUGCCUUGUUGAUUCCACCACCAACCUAGUUGCUCCACAUGUUUUUGGAGAUUUGGUUUGUAUGAAUUUUGUGGAAUGCAGUUUGCAAGAAAUAUGUCAUGGAAAUCUUCCACCUCGGUGCUUCAGUCAACUUCAAGAGGUGAAACUCCAAACUGUAGAUACAAUAAAGUACUUGUGGAUGGGGCCAAUUGAACCUCCAUCGCUUUGCAACCUCAGUGUUAUUGAGGUCACUUAUUGUGAUCAAAUUACAAUUCUAUUCUCACAAUCAGUAUUGAACUGA